GCCAUCGUGACUCGUGAGGUAGAGCAGGGAGUUGGGAAUGGGAAGAUGCCACUACAACCACAUUAUCCGAAACUUAUCAGUAAAUCAAUCAGAUAUCCUGACGUGUCUCUCGCCCUUGGGUUGCCCGGCCCAGUCGCUUCGACGUCUCCAAACAACACCAAUGAAAAAAAAAAAAAUUGGAGAUGUCACCACAAGCAGAGUCCCACCACAGGCCUCUUACAGCUACCGUAGACCUUUGUUCACCACAUACUUCUGUAGUUUUCCCUCUUCCUUCCAAUCCAACCAAAAUCCAUUUCGAAGGCCAAAAAACGAUCAAGAAGAAGAAGAAGAAGAAUAAGGAACAAUGAUUGUGACGAUGAGGAGCCAAAGAUGAAGAAGACUACGGGGAAGAGCUUGUUAUGCCUCUCUCAUGGCAUGUCAUUCUGCCUUCUUUGCUCCUUCUCCAUCCUCUUCUUCGUUCCCCACCAAUCACAGUCCUAGUCCCUUUAGGAUUCGUAAAUUGAGCUUCUUUCCUCUCGCUUUCUCCUCCAUUAACGCCAGCACCACCAGAUCUUCUCACAACGGUCUCGUCUCAGAGGCAGUCAGGCUUCUGGGUCCUCCGGCUAGAUUCGAUGCUUCAAAGCUCAAAGUAGUGUUGGUAGGAAGGGACAAUGACUACUCAAGAAUCAUCCCUAGAACUUACAUUCUGUCUCACUGUGACUUCACUGCAAACUUAACCUUGACCAUUUCCAGUGUCAUCAACUUGGACCAGGUAACUGAAAUAGGCUUCUUCUUCUUCUCGAGUGAAUGAAUGGUUUUGCUACAAGUUUUGAACCAUAGGAUGACGAAGGGUAUAUGCUGAAGUGAACUUACUCGAGUUGUUCGUGGACAGCUAAGUGGCUGGUAUAGCAAGGACGACGUGGUUGCUGAAUGGAAGAAAUUGGAAGGGCAGUUGUGUCUGCACAUUCACUGUUAUGUCAGUGGUCCGAAUCUCACUUUCGACCUUGCUGCCGAGCUUAGAUAUCACAUUUUCGCCAAAGAAAUGCCUCUAGUACUUCAAGCUUUGUUAUAUGGCGAUGCAGAGCUCUUUCAGGCAAAUCCGGAGCUAAAUGAUGCUUUAGUUUGGGUGUAUUUCCAUUCUAGCUUGCCGAAAUACAAUCGAAUGGAAUGUUGGGGACCCCUCAAGGAUGCUGCUCAGGGAAGACAGGGAGUUGAGUACAGAGGCCUAUUAGCCGAAAACAAAGACAGUCCAAGGAAACGCCCACGGGCAAGGUCCAUUUUCCAGGCAUUGUUUGCAUUCUUACUCUGAGCAGGCGCUGCUUCACCAAAGCUCGAAUUGCAUAUGUAUAUCACACUAGAGAACUGAUCAAUCGACGACUGUUAUCCCUUUGUAUUAGAGUGCAACAAGCCUCGCAGAGGAACAACAAUCUGAUCAUUCUUUUGUAAACCGAGUUCAUUUACUGGGAAGCUUGAGAUGUUGAAAAGAAUGGAGAAGCACUUUUGAGAGAAUUUGUACAUUUUGUUUAUCAAAUGGUUAACGUCUCGCUGUUGCUUUUUGGUGAUUACAAGACGACUUCCCAGAUCAAACUCUCAAAGAGUCUUUUCUUGUACAUGCAUGGGUUAUUUUCACUGAUGAUGAUCAGUUGCCCCUGGCAUAUGCUUUUGAUGUUGUGUUCUAAGCUGAAUGAUGCCAUCUUUCCACUGAUUCACCAAACAAGGAAGGUGGUUUCAGUUUCACUCAAUGCUCAAAUUCCUCAGCAGUUUGAGAACAUACUUGUCGGCUACAUAGGCAGUUGGGAUCUUGCUUUCUUUCACUCAUCAAUUGAAAUAACUAUAUUACAGAAUCUGAGAUGCUAUAAAUAAGACUAUCGCAUGCUUCCACAUUUGAUGAUUUUACCAACCAGUGAGGGAGCAUGGCUAGUGGAGAAAUCAUGGAUCCGUGGCAUAAUCUGCUGGCAGCCACGACGUUUGCAAGCAAUAUUAAUGGUGACUGGAGGCAGACUAGCGUGGUAAUCAUUCCACCUCCACGAGGCAUCAAAUGCAAGAUGUUGUACGUCGUUUAUCCGAGCUCGAAAACAGUACACCCAAAAUGCUGCUACUGGCCUACUACUGACUAGCUAGCCUUUGUUGCAGCCGGUAAACUGC